UUUACGGAAGGAGGAGUGAUUUGUGUUGAAGGAGAGCUUCUGCAUUGGUCGAGUAUAAAACUGCACGAAACUUUUGACGUGUUUUAAAGAUGCACAUGAUAUUAAAGAUUGUUCUGAGGUAGCAAUGUGAAUGAAUGUUGGUUACCGAAUGCCGUAUUUUGCAGCUUUAUGUCAAGCGCUAAUAGAUGGUUUCUCGUAAAUGGCGCCAAAACUGAUGUUAUUUUCUGUGAGUAAAGCGAAUCCACACGUGAGGAAAAUAUUUAUCAGUGAUGUAUUCAUAAAUCAGAAACGUUACGAAGUCUGGUUUCCAAACAAGCAGGAGAACCUCCAGGUUUAACAGAAGAAGAUGGAGCUUGUUAAAGAGGAGAGUGAAGACAGUGAUGCAGAAGCAUGUGGAGUGAAAGAGGAAGAUACUGAGGAACAGAGAGACCUGGUGGAAGUGAAAGAGGAAAGUGAAGAACUGAAUGAAGGGGAGGAGAAACAGCAGAAUCGGGAACCUCAAUGUUUCAUAAGUGGAGAAAAAUCUUUUAGUUGCUCUCAGACUGAAAAUAAUUCCUCACCAGAAACAACAGAGCCCAAUAAUUCAUUCAUGUGUCCUCAGUGUGGAAAGAGCUUUACUUGUAAAAGAGAUCUUAAGAGGCACAUAAGAAUUCACACCGGAGAGAAACCGUUUCCGUGCUCUCAGUGCGGGAAGAGUUUCGCAAAUUCAGGAGAUCUGAAGAGACACUUAAGAAUUCACUCCGGAGAGAAGCCUUUCACCUGCCCUCAGUGCGGAAAGAGCUUCACGCAGAAGGAAGGUCUGAAGGAACACAUGAAAAUCCACUCCGGAGAGAAACCUUUCGCAUGCAUGCUGUGCGGGAAGAGUUUCACACAUCAAAACAGCUUAAAAAGACACAUGAAAGUGCAUUCUGGAGAGAAGCUACACCAGUGUCCUGAAUGCGGCAGGAGGUUUUCAGAGGCCUGCAAUCUCAAAACUCACCUGCUCUCUCACACCGGAGAAAGACCCUUUCACUGUCAGCGCUGCGACAAGAAGUUUUUCUUGGCCGUUCACCUCAAAACGCACAUGAGGAUUCACGAAGACGAGCGGCGGUACGUGUGUUCAUUCUGCGGGAAGAGUUUUCUGUGGCUCAACGGGUUUAAAGACCAUCAGAAAAUACAUACUGGUGAGAAACCCUACGUGUGUUUGGACUGUGGAAGUACUUUCACUAGAGCCGGUGAACUGAAAGUGCAUGAACGCAUCCACACCGGAGAAAAACCCUACAAGUGUUCUCACUGUGAGAAGAGCUUUACGGUUUCAGGAGCCCUUAAAGUACACGAGAGAGUUCACACCGGAGAGAAACCGUACCUCUGUCCUUCAUGCGGGAAGACUUUCAGCCGAUAUGGAAAUCUAGGGAAACAUUUAAAAAAGGCUUGUCCAAAGCUGAGACAGUGAGGAGGUUCACCUCCCGGUAUAGGCUUGUCCAUGUGAACUGGACGCAGACGGGAGAGUUAUAUGACUUGCCAAUCCACUAACAUGAUCAUUAUAAAAGUAUUAAAAAAAACAAAAUACAUUUACAUACACAAACCCGACAAUCGGAAUAUCAACUAUUUUACAAUCUAGAAAUAGUUCACCCCAAAAUGAAAAUGUCAGAAUGAGAGUCCAAACAGCUGAUAAAAACAUCACAAUAAUCCACAGCACUCCAGUCCAUCAGUUAACAUCUGGAGAAGACAAAAGCUGAAACACAUCCAUCAAGAUGUUUUUAACUAAAAUGCGAGUCCAUAAUCACGCGUCCUCCAGUGAAAACGUCCAUCUCCUGUUGUGUCUCACAUCAAAAUAUGGCUGCAUAUUUAUUUGUAGCUGUUUUAGCUAAUGAUCAUUUUGCACUGACUACCAAUAGCUGCUCGCAUAAAAUUCAAGGCAUUGAUGUUUGCCUGCAGAACUGGCUCUGCAACCAUUUACAGGGCUCCAUUGGCUCCUAUAAGAAACAAAAUUAGGCACCAAAUUAUUUUUUUAGGUGCCACAGAAUAAAUGUGCUUUAUUUUUUUACGCUUUAACAUUUCAGUCAUACUGUCAUGUGUUUAUGUCUCAUCUUUUCAUGUUUUUAUCAGCAUUUUAUUCCAUCUUGUAGAUGUCCUGGAAACUAAAGGUUCACUUAAAGUGGGAACUAAACACUUUUCCAACUUCAGAACUAUAUACAGUCACAAAGAAUUAUUACACAGAAUCUGUGCCAAUAUCACUGACCAUAAUGCCAGCAUCUUUUGGCCACUGAGUAUAGUUUGGGCUCCUGCUCAGUGCAUCCUAAAUGUUGUUAUAUGUCUUUCACACAUCCAGCCUGUUUUUCUUCAUUAGUAACAUGCACUUUUAUAGGAGGUCUUGAAUUUAGCUCCUCACAUUCUCUUAUCAUGUACAUAACAGGAUAAGUAAAAAUAUGAAUAUGCAAAAUAGUGCAUAUAUUUAGCUAAAUGCUCCUCUUUAUAGUUAUUUUUCUAGCUGACUGAUGAGCUUAUGAAUGUCGAACUGUUAUUCUGAGGUAAAUGAUUGUUACGUGGCAUUGUUUACAAGCUUUACACGUUUUCUGCAGCUUGAAACGCUGAGACAUUUCAGUAAGUUGUACUGUAGGUUCUCUUAUAAAAUAGCCUAGCUUCUGAUGUUCAUUCAUGUUUAUUUCGUACUAUAGUGGUAGAGAGAAAGAUAUGACGGGUUCACGUGCCGCUUGAACUGAGGCGCUAAAGCGAUCGUUCACGCCACAUUAAAGAGCACCAAAACGGUUUAUUGUUUGAACUUUGUUAUGAAUUCAGCAGAAUUUUAAAGCUGAUAUUUGUUUAUUAAAAGGUAACAGAUCACAAAGCUUAUUGCGAUUACUGGACAGCAAGUAUGUUACAAAUAAUAACAGAAUUAGCAGAACACAGCAUAUAGACUAAAGAUCUUGAUAACAAGAAGCCAUAGUAUCAAUUAUAAACGAGAAUUGUUAACGAUAUUGCCAGUAUCCUCAGAGCUGACAGCUUUACCUGUUGUAGUUUGUUCAAGUUGUGCAUGAAAUAGACACUGAUUUUCUGCACUUUUACUUCGCACGUCUCCGUCAUUUUUAAUCUCUAUUAUGCUGCACGACUGAGCUGUGUUUAGCAGGUGUGCCGUCAGCGCUGUGGUUCGGCAGAGAUGAGGAUUGUAUUUCCUCUAAUAUUUUGAUGCGUAUUGUCUCCGUUUAAUCUGAUCAUAAAACAAUCAAGAAAAAAGCUGUUACUUGCAAAUUUUCAUAUCUAAUGUAAACUGAUAUAGUCACCAGUGGCGACCUCAUCAAAAACUUCACUCGCAAAUUAAUAUUUUGGGUUGCAACUGUUUUAAGCACUAAACACACUGCACGAUUUUGUCCCAGCUGGAAGAUUGGCAUCGUGAAACAAUCAUGGUGAUUAUCUGUGGCUCCUAAUCAGUGCUCUUAUGUCGUACAGUGAGACAGGUUCAAAGAUGGCCGUUGUCACGGUCUUACGAUCAAAGAUAGCCUACGAUACAGCAUGAUCAUCGCACAGUGUGUUUGCUGCUAAGACCCACAUUUACUGACCAACCAAUAAAAAUGCGACAUGAAAUCAACGCGACAUGUCGCUAAAACAUAAAACUGCUUAUUUAAAGCUCUUGUGCCUUCCUCUUUCACCGCUUCCACUUUUUUUCAGCACACAUAAAAAAUACAACUGCUAAAGUGUGAUUUAUUAUGCUCUCUUUUUUAUUACCACUAAAGCAUGCUGAUGAUGUUUUCUUCUUCUAAACUAAAGGAACGUGUGUUGUAGUGUACGAGUCAAUAGGUGUCAUCAUCGUACAGUCUACACACACGUCGUAGCCAAGUUUAUUAGAUCCAUGUCGCACAGUGUGACAUGCAGUGAUCAUAAAAGAUUACUAAAAUCGUGCAAUGUGUUUCUGGCUUUAGUCACGGUUUGGAGCCCUGCAUUUACCUAAAUUCUCUACUUAAGACUUAUGUGCCUCUAGAAGCUUGCGUUCUGCAAGUGAACGUCGCUUUAUUGUUCAUCCCAAAGAGACACAAAAUCACUUUCACAGACUUUUACAUUAACUGUUCCCUCCUGGUGGAACGAUCUGCCCAACUCAAUCCCUGCAGCUGAGUCCUUAACCAUCUUCAAGAAACGGCUAAAUCCAGUACAUCUCACACGAGCCCUCUCUAUUCUAUUUCUAUUUUACUUACUUUUCUUUGUAUUUAUUAAAAAAAAAAAACCUUGACCCUCUAACACUAGCACUCUGUAUUCUAAUUGUUUUCUCUUUAUUUAUUAUGUAUUAAAGACCCUCUAACACUAGCGUUCUCUAUUCUUUUUCUAUUCUAUUUACUCUUGCUAUGUGUUCUGUGUUGGACUAACUGGGACUUCUCACAGCACUUAUGUAUUAUUGCUCUUUAGUUGGUUUGAUUGCUUCUACUGUCCUCAUUUGUAAGUCGCUUUGGAUAAAAACAUCUGCUAAAUGACUAAAUGUAUUGUAAAUGGUGCUUAACCUGGACAUAUUUCUCUACUGAUUCAGACUAGAUGACUUUUUCACUGGAGGAAGAGUUAUUAUGGAUUAUGCACUCGUAUUUGAGUUAAAAACGUCUUAAUGCUGGAUGUGUUUCAGCUUUUGUCUUCUCCAGAUGUUAACUGAUGGACUGGAGUGCUGUGGAUUAUUGUGAUGUUUUUAUCAGACUCUCAUUCUGACGGCACCCAUUCACUGCAGAGCAUCCAUUGCUGAGACACUGAUGCAGAGACACAUUUCUACAAACCUGAUGAAGAAACAAACUCAUCCUAAUCUUGGAUGAUCUGAGGAUGAGCACAUUUUCAGUGAAUUUCCAUUUUUAGGUGAAACAAAUAAAUAAAACCCAUACAUCGAUCAUCACAAAGUGUCACAUGACUGCAUGAUGCUUCACUUUGGAAAUAGGAAUGUGAUUCGUUCUAUAGUAUAUCUAUAAUACUGCUUUCAGAACCUCAAGUUCUUAAAAACCAUAAUAGUGAUGAGGCACUUAAAUGGAAUGCGUGACGGAAUUGGUUUACGUAUAACACGGAUGUGGAGUUAGAUGCCUGUACUAUAACACAUCUGCACACUCUAUGCGAAAUAAAACCAGCCACGUGACACAGGACUGUGUUUUGCCCAAAGACUGACACUGAAGAAGCGGAUCAACAGAGAAAAGCCAAAGUGUGUCUGUAUUACUUUAUCAUUAUUCAUGGUACAAUAAACCAAAGUCAAGGAUGGAAAUUGCUCAACUUUCUUAUUGUCUUACAAUACAAUACAAUACAAAUUUUAUUUCUAUAGCAAAUUUAAAAUAACUGCCGUUGAUCAAAGUGCUUUCCAGCAUCAUCACACACAGUCACACAAACAAAAUUAAACAUUAAAAACUGAUCACUAGAAUCAAUUCUAAAAGCUCUACUAAAAAGGUACGUUUUCAAUCUAGACUUCAUCCACAGACGGGGAAAAUUUAAUAUGCAUUGGAGGAGGGUGCCAUAAUCGAGGAGUAGCCACUGAGAAAGCCCUAUCAUUUCAUUUUAGGAACAUGAAGAAUCAUCUGACUCGAGGAUCUCAUGUUUCUUGUAUUUUGAUAAGGAAUCAGAAGGUCAACAAUAUAUUCUGGGGCAAUGCCAUGCAACGCUUUGAAAACCAUCAACAAAACCUUAAAUUAAAUUCUAAAUUUUACAGGCAACCAGUGUAAAGAAAUGGUUAAUUCUCUCUCUUCUUUGUGCGAGUCAAAAGUCUGGCAGCAGCAUUUUGUACUAACUGAAGACGAGGUAAUUGACCCUGUGAAAUACCUAUACAGUAAUCAGUGCGUGAUGAUGUCUUAAUAGAAUGAGAUCCACAAAUAUUGAAGCUUCGCAAAAAUGAACUGAUUACACAAAUAAAUAAAAUGAGAUUUGCAAAUAAUAAAUAUGCAAAUGUUUUUAUGCCACAAACACAAAGCCAAGAGGUGCACACAAAUCCACAAAUAGAUACAGUCUCAAGCCAAUCAGAGAACUCUCAUUACUUUGAUUGGGUGAAAAUUCAACACACAAUAUUGCAUAAUAAUUCCUGCCUUCUAAAUAAAAGGUUGUUGCGUGAGUGGAUAAUGUGAAUUACAAAAAUAAAAAUAAAAAAGGCUUUGGCUUUAUUUUGGAUGUUGUAACUUUUACAAUCAAAACUGUCAAGUCUGAUUAAGAUGAAAGAUCAUUUGUGUGAUCAAGUGUUUUAACCAAUAAAUGAAUAUGCAUAUCCCUUAUCUGCUGGCCAUUUUAAUUUUAUAUGCAUUAACCUUUCGCAUAACACACAUGUAUUUCUUCUUUAUAAACAAUGGGAAUCAUUUUAAAAUACAUUUCAUGUUUUUGGAGUAUUGUUACAUUAAUACUUCUCAUCAGAUUGUUAGCGCCACAGCUUUUUUAAAAAUGUUAUAAUA